AUGAAGGUGUUAUCAGCCCAAUUGUUAGCAAGGAGGAUGAAGAAGUUCCGGCUGAGAUUACCAAGCUUGUUCUGCUUCCUCCAAGAACCCGACGCGGUGCAGGAAGAAGGAAGACUGAGCGAAUUCCUUCUGUCGGGGAGAUGCCUGUGGCUCGUGUUAAGAAGGAAGUCCCGAAUAGGUGUUCGAAAUGCUUACAGCCUGGGCAUAACAGGACUAGCUGGUCUUGAGGAUGACUUUAGUUGUUCGGUUGAUGAAUUGAAGUUUGAUUCAUCGGCGAAGUAUAAUGCGUCGAAGGAGCAUGAGGAGCUGUUGCUGCAUUUCCUGAUGAUGUCUUGGGGUGAGUUCGUGUUGGUGAUUGCGUUGGUGAUUGUGUUGGGGAAGCAUUAG